CAGAUUUUCUCCUCCACCUACUCCAACCCUUCACAUAAACCUGGUAACAGUCAGAAAACCUACCAGCUAAACACCCAUAAGACUUCACACAAGUUGAUACUCUUUAUUGUGAUGACCACAGAAACCAAGGCUACCUAAAAGGAGACGGUUACCUCAGAUUGACUGCCAGCUUUUUAUCUUUCUCUUGACCGCUUAAAACUUGACUUCCUGCCUCCUGGCAUCAUGGAGAAAGUCCAAUAUCUCACUCGCUCUGCUAUAAGAAGAGCCUCAACUAUUGAAAUGCCUCAACAAGCACGUCAAAAUUUCCAGAACCUGUUUAUCAAUUUCUGUCUCAUCUUAAUAUGUCUCUUGCUGAUUUGCAUCAUCGUGAUGCUUCUCUGAAGUUCUGCAGCAAACUCCAGAUCUGCAACUUACUACUUUGGUUUAAAAUGUCAUCCCAUGAACAGGGGAAAACAAUAUGGCCCGCUUCCCAAGAAGAAGAAUUUCUUUAUGAAAAGGUCAAGAUUAAAACAAAUUGUUAGUAAAUGUAUUUGCUAGAUCUUGUAAACAUGAAAAGGGCUUCAUUUUCAAAACUGACUAUACAUGUGUACAAUGUAACUGUUGAUUUCCUCAAAAUGGCUUAUAAAUUUCUUUCCUAAAUCUUUUCUGAGGAUGAAGUAGGAGUUUAAUUUUGAAAUAGCCCUACUAACAAAAUCACUUCAUAUAUAAAAUUUUAGCUUCACAAUUUGGGGCAAAUGUUAUUUACAUUGCACAGUAAAAGCUUCUUUGUAAGUAUUUUUCAGGUCUUUACAAGUGCCAAAAUAAUAGUACAAAUGAAGUAUUAUUAUUCAAAAUAGCUCACUGAUCCUCACAUCUAUUACUACUACUACUACUAUUAUUAUUAUUGUCACUACAUCAUUAUUAUACAGAAGUCUUGGUAGUAACUCCUUGUCAGAACCUACAUUCUAAAAUAGUUAUAUUAUUUUCUAUACUAUAUUAACAUGUUUUGAAGUGUAGGAGAAUCAAAUAAGGGUAAGACCAUAAUCUUAUAUAAAUAAAAUUUCUCUUAAUGUUUUCAAUAAUUAUACAAUUCUACGACUUGUAAGUUAGCCAUAGGAACUGGUGAUCAACUUAACAUCUCAUAGUAUGAUUCCCAUAAUUACUAAUACUCAUAGAGUCUAACUAAUUUAAAGCUGUUGCAAAUUAUUUGAGCUAUAAUAUCUAACUUUCCAUAGUAUAUUCUUAAAAUCAUGAGAGCUUAAAAUUUCCAAAAUAUGGUUACUAAAAGAAUUUGAAACAUCAAUAUUGACAAGUGUUGUUGGCUGAAUAGUGAAGAAGACACUGCUUUUAAGUUCUUGGAAUCCUGAGAAGUACUGGAGAUAGAAAGGGGAACAGUUUGGGUUUGUAAAUAUUUAAGGAGCAGACAGUAAAAGGGUCUCAUACUAGCCAGAAAACAUAUAAAUCCUAUAUUAGACCUCAACUUCACUGGUCUCAGAAUUUACCUAUGCAACAGUAUCCAAAUUCUAUAAUUAGCUAUACUGAUAUUAAAAAACAGAAAACUUCAACUGAUAAGUUCUAUGUGCUUUAUUAUAUUGUUCAUUACAACAUCAAUUUCAAACUAUUAACUGUGGGAGUUUUACCUCAGUAAAAUGCAAAUAAAGAUUAUUUUUGUUCUUUA